CGGGAGGGUGCGGAGCCAGCAGCCCCCCAGCCCCGCUGACAGGCAUCCCAGCUCUCCCUUGCCAGCCAUGCCAGCCUGCCCUGGGCCUGGCACUCGGCUCAGCUCAGGUUUGGGGGUGAAUUCCUUGCUUGGACCCUCCGGGGGGCCACCCUGAGACCCAUCCGACUGCUUCCACCCAGGCUGAGCCAGCCUCAGCCCUUCUCACCAAUAGCAUGGAUCUCCUGCAGAAGAGCAAAUACACCCACCUGAGGAAUGAGUCCAUCUCCUCUCUGGAGGAGGUGGUGGGGGGACCCCUGGCCCCCCCAGCAGAGUCCCCCCCAGCCACACCAUCUCUGCCUGGCUCUCUGUCUUCUUCUUCCUCCCUCGGCCUCGCCACCCCUCUCGGGGAGCUCUCACCCGAGUCAGAGGACAGCCCCACCACCCUUUGCUCCUUUUUCCCCAAAAUGGCCAACCUGAAGCUCUCAAACCCCGCCAACCUGCUCAACUUGAGGGGCUCCUUGGCCGGCAGCACUCCGGGGGACACCGGCAGCCUCACCGGGACACCGGCACCAGGAACGGCCACCGGCUCAGACUCAGCAGGAUCUGUCACUGUCUGUUCCCAGGAUAUGAACAAGCUGAGCUGCGGGAAGAAGACCCGGGUGGAAGGGGGACAGCUGGGGGGGGACGAAUGGACUCGUCACGGCAGCUUCGUCAAUAAACCCACCCGUGGUUGGCUGCACCCCGAUGACAAGGUCAUGGGCCCUGGGGUCUCUUACCAUGUCCGGUACAUGGGCUGUGUGGAGGUCCUCCAGUCCAUGAGGGCUUUGGAUUUCAACACCAGGACACAGGUCACCAGGGAGGCCAUCGGGCUCGUGUGCGAGGCCGUGCCCGGUGCCAAGGGUGCUGUGCGGAGGAGGAAGCCCUGCGGCCGCUCCCUCAACUCCAUCCUGGGCAAGAGCAACCUGAAGUUUGCUGGCAUGCCCAUCACCCUGACCAUCUCCACCAGCAGCCUCAACCUCAUGGCUUCUGACUGCAAGCAGAUCAUUGCCAACCACCACAUGCAGUCCAUCUCCUUCGCCUCAGGGGGAGACCCGGUGAGUAUGCAGGGUCCCAUCUGCACAUCCCUGCCCUGUGCAGGGCACAGGGGCCUCUCCAGCCCCCUCCCCAUCUCACCCCUGCUGUCUUGCCUGCAGGACACAGCCGAGUACGUUGCCUACGUUGCCAAAGACCCCGUCAACCAGAGAGCCUGCCAUAUCCUGGAGUGCCCCGAGGGGCUGGCACAGGAUGUGAUCAGCACCAUCGGGCAGGCCUUCGAGCUGCGCUUCAAACAGUACCUGAAAAACCCCCCAAAGCUGGUGACACCCCACGACAGGAUGGCAGGGUUUGAUGGCUCUGCUUGGGAUGAAGAGGAGGAGGAACCAGCCCCUGAUCACCAAUACUACAACGACUUCCCUGGCAAGGAGCCCCCCAUUGGGGGGGUGGUGGACAUGAGACUGCGGGAUGGGGCUGCUCAGACCCCCAAUCACUUGGGGGCCACGCUGCCCGUUGGUGGGGAGCACGACCCUCGGAAGCAGCACCCUCCUGCCCAAGCAGGGAGAGAGAAAUACCCAGCUCCAGCCGGUGCCUCCGGCCGCACAGACCUCUUUGAUGACCCCUCCUAUGUCAAUGUGCAGAACAUGGACAAAACACGCCAGGGCUCAGCUGCUGGCACUCCCACGACAGCCAACGGCAGCGCCCAGAGGGACCUCUUUGACAUGAAGCCCUUUGAAGAUGCCCUGCGUGUCCCCCUGUCCGUGCCAGUGGGGUUGCCCCCCGCCCAGGUUGUGGCUUCCAUGGAGGAGCAGCUGAGACGGGAGCCCUGGUACCAUGGGAAGAUGAAUCGUAAGGAGGCUGAGAAGCUGCUGAAGGUGAACGGAGAUUUCCUGGUGAGGGAGAGCACCACCACCCCUGGGCAGUACGUCCUGACCGGCCUGCAGGGAGGGCAGCCCAAACACCUCCUGCUUGUGGAUCCUGAAGGCGUGGUGCGGACCAAAGAUCACCGUUUUGAGAGCGUCAGCCACCUCAUCAGCUACCACAUGGACAAUCACCUGCCCAUCAUCUCUGCUGGCAGUGAGAUGUGCCUGCAGCAGCCGGUGGAGAGGAGACUCUGAGCCCCUGGGGGGGUCCCACCUCACGGUCCCCACCCCCCCGGCCCCACUCCCUUGCCCAGGGAGAGACCUCGGACUCUCAGUCAGGUGCUUUGCCCGGGACUGAGCUUGGACUUGGCCCGGAAUUGGGGCUCGUCCCCCCUUCACCCUGUGGACCUAAAGCCACAGGGAGGGUCCGGGCAGGUGGGGUGAGCUGCCUGGGUGGUGGGGGGCUGCUCUUGCCAAAGCCCCCCCUGCCUCCUCCCAGCUGCAGCCUUUGCACAGCAGCUCAGCUCCUACCAAAACCCAGCCGGGCCGCAGCUGCUCUCACCCUUCCCUGCUGUGGGGAGGGGGCUGAGGGUUUUGGGGGGCAGCCUGGUCCCAUCCCCUCCCCUUGGGGGGCUGCAGAAGGGGGGGCUCAGCUCCCCCCAGCACACGGCCCGGCCGUACCCGAUCACUUUAUGUGUUAACUCUGUGCCUUGACCCCGCAGGUCCCACACUCUUAUGCAAAGCCACAGGGCUGGGGGGGGGGAAACACACACCCCAGAGACCCCCCCUCCCACUCCCAGCCCUGGCCAUACCCCUUCCCGGGACGUGCUCCCCCUGCCCCUCAGCUCCCUGCCCGGCCCCGGGGGGGUCUGGCUGUGGCAGCUCCGGGGGGGCAGUGGCAGGAGGGGCCCCCCCUGCAUGCACCCCCCUUCCCCUCUUCCCGGGAGCCAAAGUGCAGCCCCCCCACCUCCCCCCCGGGCCCCCCGGGCCCUGCUAUACCAAAGGAACGGGCGGUUGGUAUUAAAGUUGGUAUUUCUCUAG